UGUCCCUCGACACUCCCCGUAGUGGCGGCAGCUGCUUGGUCUUCAAGUGUUUCCCGUCAACUUUGGCCCAAAGAAAACAAAGCAAAAGAAACAACAGCAAAGGGGCGGCAGCAGCCAUGGACGACGUCACCCGUCUGAUGUCCACAGGAGAUGCGGUGAAGAUCUGGGACGCGGAUUCCAUGACGCUACUGGAGCAGUUCAACCCGCACAGCAGAAGCCACCCAGUGGCGCAGGCCUGCUGGACGGCAAACAAUCAGCACGUGGUGAGCGCCAGCAGCAGCGGCGACAAAGUGGCUGUGUCCAGUCUGAAGUCUCCUCACCUUCCUCUGCUGGAGCUGGGCCAGGGGAAAGGCCAGACGCGCGUCGCCCUCAGCUCAUCCUCACAGUUCGUGGCCAGCGGAGGUGUGGACAACUGCGUCCACAUUUGGGACCUGAAGACGUCCAAGCUGCUGCGCUCGCUCAAGGAGCACACCGAUGAGGUGACGUGCGUGUCCUUCAAUGCCAACGACAGCCUGCUGGCGUCCGGUUCCUCCAGCGGUCAUCUGGUCCUCUACAGUCCCACCACCAACACGCCCAGCAACCCCUUUGGACACGGCAGCCAGCAGCCGGUGCGUGACUUGGGUCUGUCGUGCCUGAAACGCUCGCUGCUCGGCAGCGUGUCGGACGGCGGCUGGCUGACGCUGUGGGACGCCAACACGCAGAAAGAGCUGCACGCCUUCCGAGGCGCCCACAAGGCCCCCGGCUCGGCCGUGGCCUUCUCGCCCGCCAGCGAGCUGCUAGUGCUCACCGUCGGCUUGGACAAGAAGAUCGUCUGCUACGACACCACCAGCAAGACCGUGGUACGUUGUAUCCGUGCGGAGAGCCCGCUGACGUCGGUCACCUUCACUCUGGAUGGCUCGGGCGUGCUAGUGGGCUCCGCCCAGGGCGACAUCUUGCGCUACGACCUGAGGAACAGCAGCGCCCCCGCCAGGGUGACGCCGGCGCACGCCACCCCCGUCACCAGUCUACGCUUCCAAUGCGCCAGACACAAGUCGGGAAAAACAUCAUCCAGGGUGUCCGGCACCAAGAGCUCCGCCUCCAAACUGUGCGGCGGUCAUGUCAGCUCCUCCCCUCCCAUAAACGCAGCAGGUGGCGCUGAAGCCCAGGCGGACCAACGGCAAGGGGCCGAGCGUCUUCCCGUCACAGACGAGUUCAGCAGCGUUGGACGAAGCAGCCUCGAUGUGUUUUCGCCACUACGACAAGAUGCGGGAGGUAGCGUCAAUGAGACAUCGGGAGCGGCUCAAGCAAACUUGCCGAGCCGAGAGGCGGGGCUUCCUCCCUGUGCCCGCAACAGUCUGGACAUGUUCUCGCCGCUCCGAGAUGAGACGUCGGACGUGGGCGGCGGGAGGCCGUCGGCGGGACGACUCUUGCGCCCAACCUCGGCCUACCAGACGCCCUCCAUCAAGGAGGAGCCGCCGGUCCAAGCCGGCGACCCCGACGAGGCGGGGGAAACGAGCGGCUCCUCCCCCAACCUGGCGGGCAAGGGUCAGGCUCUGCCCGACUCAUCCCAGCCGACCAAUCGCAGGCACCCGGCCUCUGCCUUCACUCCCGAGCUGAACGUGAGGAGAGCCAACGGCGUUCAAGCGCAGCUGGAUUACGAUUCGCCCGUUCUCGGGGCCCCGCCUGCGACCUCCGCGGGCGAGACGGAGGCAGCCGGUGGUGCGACGGCGCCCUUCAGCAGCAUCCAGAUGAACGCCAUCACCAACAUCAUCCACCAAUCGCUGGAUGAACUCAGAGACGCGUGCCACCGGGACAUCAUCAACCUCCAGGUGGAGAUGAUUCGCCAGUUUUGCAUCCAGCUGAACGAGUUCAACGCGCUGAUGUCGGCGCAGCACGCGGCCAACGAGGCACUGCUGGAGGAGAACCAGCGGCUCAGGGAGGAAAACCUUCGUCUCAAGACCAACUACUGAAAAGGCAUUUUGUGUCGACGCUCAUUAAAACUUGUCAUGUGAUCAGCA